CCGCGUCCGCCGUGUCCGCCCGCGUCGCCGGGCCCCGAGCAGCCGUUGGGGUCCGGGCCGAGGCCCGCCCGUGUGGAAGCCGCCGCCAUGCUGGCGCUCAUCUCCCGCCUGCUGGACUGGUUCCGCUCGCUCUUCUGGAAGGAGGAGAUGGAGCUGACGCUGGUGGGGCUUCAGUACUCGGGCAAGACCACCUUCGUCAAUGUCAUCGCGUCAGGUCAGUUCAGUGAAGACAUGAUCCCCACAGUGGGCUUCAACAUGCGGAAGGUCACCAAGGGCAACGUCACCAUCAAGAUCUGGGACAUCGGAGGGCAGCCCCGGUUCCGGAGCAUGUGGGAACGCUACUGCAGAGGAGUCAACGCCAUCGUUUACAUGAUAGACGCUGCAGACCGUGAGAAGAUCGAGGCCUCCCGGAAUGAGCUCCAUAAUCUUCUAGACAAACCACAGCUACAAGGAAUCCCAGUGCUAGUACUUGGAAACAAGAGAGAUCUUCCCAACGCUUUGGAUGAGAAACAGCUCAUCGAGAAAAUGAAUCUGUCUGCUAUUCAGGAUAGAGAAAUCUGCUGCUAUUCAAUCUCCUGCAAAGAAAAGGACAAUAUAGAUAUCACACUUCAGUGGCUUAUUCAACACUCAAAGUCGAGGAGAAGCUGAAGUGUCUCCGGGAGUCUUCAUCCUUCUUGGCUGUCACCCUAGAAUUACCGUCUGUUCCUCUGAAGUCCUUCCCAGAAUACGGCCCUUCCUGAACCCGAGAAAUUGCCUUUUUCAGAGUUUGUUCCUCACGCGCACUGCUGAAGAUGCAUCUCCCUAACCCUUCAUCCAGAACCCGCUAGAGUUGUCAAGAUAAAGUCAGCACACACGGGCCUCUUGCACGUCCCAAGACAACGUGUAGAGUUCCUUUCUCUGUUCUUUUUUAAGAAAGAAAAAACCACAGCCACACUGUCAGCCAUCUCAAAUCAAGUGAACUGCAUAUUUUGGCUCUGGUCUUGGGGGCCAGAUUUUGUAUUGGUUUAUCAGUUACGGACUGGUGUUUCACUGUGGAACCUGGUAGCCUGGUGGUGGCCCUGACUCAAGGCAGCGUGCAGUCUCCAGAGCUACCCGGAGUUUAGGGAACCUGGCGGCCUGCCUCCCAGGGCUGUGGG